GUACCAAAAAUUAGGGUUUCACGUACUGAAAGAGUUAUACGCAAGAGUCCCAAGCGGCGAAGCAGCAGCAGCUUAGUCUCCUUUGAUUCCCAGCAAACAUGGCUACUCAGAUUAGCAAGAAGCGCAAAUUUGUUGCUGAUGGUGUGUUCUUUGCGGAGCUGAAUGAAGUCCUAACAAGAGAGCUUGCUGAAGAUGGAUACUCCGGUGUCGAAGUUAGAGUUACUCCCAUGCGUACUGAGAUCAUCAUUAGGGCCACACGCACUCAGAACGUUCUUGGCGAGAAGGGAAGAAGGAUUAGGGAGCUGACCUCCGUUGUUCAGAAACGAUUCAAGUUUCCAGAGAACAGUGUGGAGCUCUAUGCUGAGAAAGUUAACAACAGGGGUCUCUGUGCUAUUGCUCAGGCUGAGUCCCUGCGUUACAAGCUUCUCGGAGGUCUUGCAGUUAGAAGGGCAUGCUACGGUGUACUGAGAUUUAUCAUGGAGAGUGGAGCUAAGGGAUGUGAGGUUAUUGUAAGUGGAAAGCUCCGGGCUCAGCGUGCCAAGUCAAUGAAGUUUAAGGAUGGGUACAUGAUAUCCUCUGGUCAACCUGUGAAUGAGUACAUUGACUCAGCUGUGAGGCAUGUUCUUCUUAGACAGGGUGUGCUUGGUAUCAAGGUCAAGAUCAUGCUUGACUGGGAUCCCAAGGGUAAGCAAGGACCGAUGACACCUUUGCCUGAUCUGGUCACCAUCCACCCUCCAAAGGAAGAAGAAGAGUAUGUCCCGCCAGUGAUGACCACCACUAUUGAACUUCCAGUAGCAUAAACUCCAGAGUUGGGUUAUGUUCCAGUAAGAGUCUGAUGUAAUGGUUUAGUAAUAGCAUUAUGUUUUUAUAUCUAUGUUUGUGCGAGAGAAUACUAGACACAUCCUUUGAAUAUUUCUCAUUCCUAAGUUAUCCUCAAAUUUAGAA